CAUCUCGGCCCGAUAGAAGAAAACCAGGUGUGUUCUCCAGGGAGGCCUUCCUAUGCGGCAGAGAUCGGACCUGCCGGAAGAGUGGGGAGCUCAUAUAAGACACGAAGCCAAACGCCUCUCCCAGUGACCAGUCUCGACACGAAAACUCAUCAGCCGAGCUUCUUCGGUUCUUAUAAACAGUCUCUUCACGCUCCGAGUGCCGGUCCCUGGACGGCAAACGGACACAAACGCCGAUCCUAUCGAAAUUCGAGGUAGCAAUCGAGUUUAAUCGAAUUGGUCUUGGCCCGAAGGCCGUGCUGCCACGGUUCCAGACAACGCACAAUGCUGUCGUCGCAGGCUCUCUCGAUUCUCCUGCUGUUCCUCGCUGCGCACGGUUCGUACGCCCAGAAGCAGCAGCAAGAGGACCCAUGCCAGACAAAGUCGCGAGUCGUCGGUGAUAUAGAGUACUGCGACCGCUACUGGGAAUGCGUGAACGGUCGUCCCGAGUUGUUCGACUGUCCAAACGGCCUGGUGUUCGCCGGGAAACACCGCGGUGUGACCGAGGGCUGCGAUUAUCCGUGGAGGGCGAAUUACUGCGACGGCAAACGCCAGGCGAACCCGCCGAUCCCAGCGGACCAUUGCGACUGGCUUUAUGGCAUUUUCGGCCACGAGACAUCCUGCACGAGGUACUGGACCUGUUGGAACGGCACCGCGACCGAGCAACUUUGCAUCGGUGGUCUCCUCUACAAUGAGAGAGCCAGGUCCUGCGACUGGCCCGAGAAUGUCGAGGGAUGCCAGAAGCAUCCUCUGUGCAACGACGACGCGAACGGAAACGUCCCGCUGGGCAAGUCCUGCAACCGUUACUGGCAAUGUCAAGGCGGCUACCCGCGGCUGCAAAGGUGCCCCGCGAUGCUGGUGUUCGACCGAAGGUCGUUGAGGUGCGUGGUCCCGCCCACGGAGGACUGCGACGUGCCGACGACACCGCCGAACCUCGACGGCGACCUUCCGGAAGGUCGGAACGAGCAGGAACCGGAAGAGGAGAACCUGCCGCCCGGCGUGCCGCCUCUGCCGGCAGGCGCGCUCCCGAUUCCCCUUCGACCUCGUCCCAGAAACUAACGAGUCCUCCGGGCACAGGUAGCAAUAGCUCGGAAGCAGCGCGAUCGAGAAUCGAUUCGAUUCAGAACUGAGUGCAGAAUCGGAUCGCCGCCGGGCUCCGACGGCGGCGUCUCGUCGAUCGAGAGAGGAUUGUUAAGUAGACUGCGGAUAUUUUAUGCAUUCGUGAGAAAAAGCGAGAGUGCGCGAUUUGAAACGGUGAAAGGGUUGAGAUAAGUGGAAAACAUCGGUACACUAGUCUCAGCCAAUUAAAAUUAUGGAAGAAGGAAUGAUACAUCUGUACGUCUUGCAACUGAUGCAAGACGUUUUUCAUUUUGCAUAAAGAUCCGCAGUCUAUCGAUAAGCAUAAUCAACGCGUUUCGCAAAACCGUCUAGAAUUUCACAGCAGCCACCGUUACCCUGACGCUUCGACUGCCGCGGUAACUGCUUCGACAAUCUGGACGAUUUUUCGCUGACAAGGAACAGUUAUUCGAUCGGUGACAAGAUCGCACGGAUCUGUAUAGAUAGAUCGAAAGAACGUGUCACGGAGAUCACAAAAAUGUAAAUUCGAAGCUGUAAAUUCAAAAUUUGUAAAUUUGUAAAUUUGUAUAUUCAAAGACUUUGAGAGGUCAACGAAGGAGGAAGAAGAAGCGAGGGAGAGAGAAUGAUAAACCGUCUGUUCAAAAGUAA